GCAUGUAAAAUGUGUGUGUUCUUUAAAAGCCAGUGGUUGGCUGGUUUUCCGGACAUGAUGUGGUUGAAGCUGUCAUCGUAAUGGAAAUUCAUUGCUGUAGCUAUGCAUGACAGGUGACCUGUUCCAGAGUAUCUGGCUUGCAUUCCUCCCUCCAUGGCAAUGCCCGAGUGUCCUGCACUCAAACCACUAAGGCCAGCAGCACCUCUUCUGCCUGUGAGCGAUUUGUCACUUCCUUCUGUAAGACUGGCACCGGCAGACAUGCAGUCCCAGAGGAUCCCGGGGAGAAAGCGAGGCCGACCCCCACUUCACUCAACACCUAUGAAGAUGGCGGUUCGUAACCUUUAUUCCGCUUCAGCUGGCGCGUUGCCAGCAGUGAAGAUCCCCAAGAAAAGAGGGCGGAAGCCUGGGUACAAGCUCAAGUCUCGGGUUCUUAUGACUCCUUUAGCCCUCUCACCUCCGCGGAGCACACCGGAGCCCGACCUCAGCUCCAUCCCUCAGGAUGCAGCCACCAUACCAAGCUUGGCAGCCCCACAGGCUCUCACAGUCUGCCUCUACAUCAAUAAGCAAGCCAAUGCAGGGCCGUACUUGGAGAGGAGGAAGCUGCAGCAGCUCCCCGAGCACUUCGGGCCCGAGAGGCCAUCAGCGGUCUUGCAGCAGGCUGUGCAAGCGUGCAUCGACUGUGCCCACCAGCAGAAGUUGGUCUUCUCCCUGGUCAAACAGGGCUAUGGCGGUGAGAUGGUGUCAGUCUCAGCAUCCUUCGAUGGGAAACAGCACCUGAGGAGCCUGCCUGUGGUGAACAGUGUUGGGUAUGUCCUUCGCUUCCUCGCCAAGCUGUGCCGAAGCCUCCUGUGUGAUGACCUCUUCAGCCACCAGCCCUUCUCCAAGGGCUCCAGUGGCUCUGAGGAAGCCCAGGAGAAGAAGGAAGGCAGGAUGGAGUCAGCAAAAACAGCCACCACUGAGGAGUGCCUGGUGAACCCUGUAGGCAUGAACCGCUACAGCGUGGACCCCUCCACCUCCGCCUUUAGCCACAGGGGCUCCUUCCCCACCUCCUCCUCGCUGUACUGCAAGAGGCAGAACUCUGGAGAUGGCCAUCUUGGGGGAGGCCUGGCCACCACUGCCAAUGGUCCCCGUUCCAGCCCCAUGUCCUCUGGAGGCCCGUUGGCACCUGGGCUGAGGCCCCCAGGCUCCAGCCCCAAGAGAAACGGGACCUCUCUCGAAGGAAACAGAUGUGCCUCGAGCCCUUCCCGCGACGGGCCGGACGCCAGGCAGCCACGGAGCAGGAACCCUUCCACCUGGACUGUGGAGGAUGUGGUCUGGUUCGUGAAAGACGCUGACCCGCAGGCUCUGGGUCCACACGUGGAGCUCUUCAGAAAGCACGAGAUUGACGGCAAUGCGCUCUUGUUGCUGAAGAGCGAUAUGAUCAUGAAGUACUUGGGUCUGAAGCUGGGACCUGCACUGAAACUCUGCUACCAUAUUGAUAAACUGAAGCAAGCCAAAUUCUGAAGGUUUCUCAAAAGAUGGAAGCGAAGUCCAGACAAGCAGGUCUCAGGAUCGUCUUCUGCCUUACCAACAUCCAGCCGCCAUCACAAAAUGGCUUCUCUCCUGAAAAAUAACAUCCACAAAGACUGGGUCUUUUUCUAAAACUUGUGCAUCUCUGCCUUUUAAAAAAUUCAACAUGGCCCCUUCGAAAGGCUCCUCUGUGUUAAUGAUUUGCCAAAAAUUAAUGGAAAAGCCUAUUAUUUUAGCAUUCCUGGUAGGUUGGUUGCUGUGAGUAGGGGUCCUGUCUUUAUGACAAGAGAUCAGGGACCCCAAUGCUACUGCCCAAGGAGAACCCUGGAGGGUUCCACGGAUGUGAGAAGAAAGACCUUUGUCUUUAUGGGAACUCCACCAUAGCACCACCCGUUUUAAACGUUUUUAACUCUGCCCCAGGGGACCUGUCAGUGUGAGCCUUGCUUAAUUCAGCUCUGGAAGCUGUCUUCUGAGGAAACAUGCCUCCUCACCUUGCACUAUCUGGAAAACUUGAAUUCUUUUGCUCUCUGAAAGAGAAGAAAAAAAAAAAUUUUUCUAUUCCGACUUAAUUGAAGUACUGUGUUUUCCCACUAGAGGGCAGACCGCUAAUGAAGUUUCAAGACCCUCCCAGCAGCCUCCUGCUGAUUUAGUACUCACUGGGCAGGUUAGGGUCUCUGUGGACUAGAUCUAGCCUUCACAGAUAUGGGGAAUUUCUUCCACAGUCAGCACCACAGAUUGCAACAUGGGGAAGAAACUAUCUUCUAGAACGUUCUAGUUCAUAUCCAGUCAUUAUUGACUGACUGAGAUGCACAAGCAGCAAAGGCAAAAAUUUAGAAGUAUGUUCCUCCCAGAUGGGGCUUUGGAGUUCCCUCCCUUUCAGAGUCCUCACUGGGGUGUUGACGUGUUGGCGCGCUGAAGAGUCUUACUGACAUUUAGCCAUGGGUGUUUCUUUAAAAGAGAAGAAAAAUGUCUCAGAUAAGCUUUGAAAUGGGAGAGUGUUGAUUUCUUAUUACAUUGCUGGAUUAUGUAGUUGUACCGCUGGCUAAUUUUUCUAGCUCUCAACAAAUACACAGACAUGCUAUCAUUGGAUUUAAUUCCAUUUACAAAUAGGUUUUCCCUCCUCACCGUGGAGUAAUAGGAAAAAAUUGAUUUUUUACCCCUUUGCAGCUGUGUCCAAGGAAGGACGAUGAUGAGUCCCCGAUUUACGAGGCAGAGGGCAACCUCAUCUCCAUUCUUCUUUUUAUCCUUCUCCUUUCUCUCUUUCCCUCUCUCUUUUAUUCGUCCUCCCACGCUGAAGAGGAAACAUAUUUACAAAAUGAAUUCACCUUUGCCAUGGUAUAUCCUCUCCCUUAAAAACAUCUACAGUGUCCGGUUGGAGGUGAGGGGUGAAGACUAGAUUCCGCAGUCUCUGGGAGGGUGAGGAUCAAGGAACACUCAGGGCCUCUCUGGGCCCAAGUGCAAAUUAGAAAAAGCACCCCUUUCUCUGGGAUGAGGGGACGGGCGGGCGGGGGGUGGUCUCGGGCGAUGAACAGAGAAGGGGGGAUUUCCUCCCCCUCCCCCUCAACCAGGUGCCCUUGCGCAGGACAGAUGUACACCCUUGGGGCCUGCCAAGCUAGAUCUGCAUAUUGAUCUUCUAUAAAUCAGUUAGAACUUAGAGGAGGACGACCCACUUUGAUGAGAGGAGAAAAAAAAGAAAAAAUUCCUAGCGAAAUCCUUUUUUAGACACACAAACGGUGGCUGGACUGAAAGCAAGACAGAGACGGGAAGGAAACCUGCCCACAAACUGAGUCUGGGUCAUCAGGUUGUGGAGGGGCUUAGUGUGGGUUGCUUUGGGCACCUGACGGUACUACCCUGAAUCGGGCCUCGGGAUGGGGUCGUCCACGAUUCUAACGUGAUCGAUGACUCUGCCCCUCCAAGUUUGUUCAUUGCAAGUAUUUGUGGCUGGUCUGGAGUUAGCUAAGUCCCCUCAAAAGGCCUUGGCCAGUUUAUGUACUCAGAACUGCCCUGUGAAAAAGGUGAGAGGCAGAAAGCCCCCCCAACAACCUAGAUGAGCUGGGUUUUUUGCUCAGUCCUCUGAAACUUGUCCUGCCUCUUCCAUCAACAUAUAUAUAUACCUCGUGGAGAGAUUUUCACAACUUCCCACCCACCCCCACCAGUGCCUCCCUCACUAGAAAAGCAUGAACUUUGGUGCCCCCAGAUUCAAGUCAUCCCCAAAAGAUGUCAAAGAGAUCCUUUGAGUAGGUUUCCGGGGGAAGAGAGAUUUUAAUCAUCUCAAGCCUCGGAGCAAACUGGAUCCGUGUUCACGUGUAACUGCUCUCACGGAGGUGCGAUCUCAUUUUGCAUUAAACUUUAAGCAGGACAGAUUGCUGAAGCCAUGAUAUUUAAGGUUUGACUUUUUAAAAAUCUCAUUACUCUUAAAAUGAAUGCUGCCAUAUCAGAAAAUAACCCAGGGAGGAAAUUCCUCCUUGCCUGUUUUUGCACUGAAAUGCAAUUAGCCAACCAAAUUAUUGUAGCAAUACUGCAAUUAUAAUUAAUUUUCACCCCUUUCAAAAAUCUUGUCAAACCAAGCAGCUAAAUAGCUCAGCAAAUGUAAAACAUGCCAGGCCAUUUCCUCUAAAUGGACCUUAAAGAGUCAGGCCAUGUGUGUCACUGUUGUCCAAAUGGGAGCUUAUUUCAGGAGCCUCACACUUGUACAGACACGGUCCUUGUUAUUCCAUUGCUGUAGCUUUGCUUCAGGUUGUGGUGAAUAAUGACAUAAUUUUGCAUAAUUCCAAAUUAGAGUGUGUGAGUGUGUGUGUGUGUGUUCAUGUCCAGACAUUUCCAAUCACCCGUGUCUGUUAAACACUUGAAAAAAACUAGGGACAAUUCUAUUGCCUAACUCAUUUUAAUUAUUUCAUAAGUGCAUGGAUCCCUUUGUGAAGACGUCAGGUAAAAAAUGUAGGGUGUGUGUGUGUGUGUGUGUGUGUGUCCUGACACAGUGGCUGGAAGAGCCCAAGGAAGAGGCUGAGAGCGUGUCAGCUAUUCUGUUCUCUGGGUGUAAAAUGCCUCCCCCAGCUUCAGGAAGUUGGAGGCAGAACCUUCUCUCUGUCUUUGGGACGAGGUAUCCCCACUACUGCCAGCAGGGGGCGCCCUGAAGGCAGCUGGGGACGGUGCUGGGUUCUGGUCAGCUUCCCUCAGGAUCUGACCAGCCCAGCGGAGCCAGCCAGCCCAGGCUCCCUGGGACUGAGGCGGGACACCUAGCUGGGGACCUCGGGGGGAGGGGACAGACAUCUUAAGGGCCUUGUUUAGUGCCCACCAGAGCGUUCACCCGGCUCCCCCCAUUGCUCUUCCCCAGGGCUGCCAAGGUUUUCUCCUUUCAUCAAGAAGAAAGAAUGAAGAGCUCCUAGCUCCUCAGAAUCAAAUACGCUAUUUAAAUCUAUUGGGAAGGAGUCCUGAGCUAGGGUUGGUUUGCUUGACAAGGAAAGCAGCGAGAGAGAGAGAAGACACCACUCUAAAUUUCUUAAGAACAAAAAAAAAAAAAAAAAGAA